AUGAGGAAGCUGCCACCUAACACCGAGGGAGCUGCGAUCCUCGUCGGUAGGAAACUUUACCCGUCUAUUCCUGACCUACCGGUGCCGAUUCGCAUUAUCUUCAUUCUCCUAAGUCGGGCAGAGAACUACAAUAGCGAACGGAUUUCCGUCGGUAGAACAAUAGCAGCAUUGAUAGCCGACGAGAUCUUUCGCAAAGUGGCACUUCAUUGCGUCGAACCGUACACUCUCGCAGAUGCUACCGAUGAGUUCCUAUCCCAAAUUGUCGCCGUCCCACCUGGAAUUUGCUCGCAGACCCGGACAGUUGGUAUGCUCUAUGCAACCUACGAAGACGAUGACGACGAGGAGGGUUCUGGUGAAAGCCAUAGUGCACGAAUUACGAGGACCGGCAGACUCUUCGGAGGCCUCGUGAAAGAUCUCAAAGCAAAGAAGCCAUGGUUUAUUUCGGAUUUCACGGACUUCUUCACCGUGAGAUUCUCGCAGUCGUUGGCCGCAACCAUUUUCCUGUUCUUCGCCAACAUCACCUCCAUAAUCACUUUUGGAGCCGUCAUGGAACGUAUUCUGCAUCAUCAAAUGGCUUCGAUGGAGGCGAUUCUUAGUGGAGGCAUUUCCGGCGUUCUGUUCGCCGCCUUCUCUGGGCAACCGCUCAACAUUCUGUCCGCUACCGGUCCAACUUUGGUUUUCGAGAAAAUCCUCUUCGAGUUCUGCAUUGGCAACGGAUGGGAGUUCUUACCCUUCAGAUGUUGGGUGGGUAUAUGGAUAACCGUGUAUUUAAUUAUCCUGACGGCCACUGAUAUGUCUGCUUUGGUUGGAUUGAUUUCUAGGUUUACCGAGGAAGCUUUUGCCACUCUCAUUUCCGUCGUCUUCAUUAUCCAAGCGUUCCAGAAGCUAAUCGAGAUCUCUCACGAUGCUCCUAUCGUCGCUGAUCCGAGGGAGGUUUACGAGUCUCCCUGCUUCUGUUAUCUUAACUCAACCGAUGGCGAGCUAAACCGAACUGCAAGUUUGCGAUUGAAAGACGUGUCGGCUGAAGAGUGUGAGAUUCGAGGUGGUGAAGCCGUCGGCUUGCAAUGCCACUUUAAACCGGAUGUUUAUAUGCUAUCCGUACUACUAACGUUUGGCACAUUUGCGUUGGCCUAUGGUCUCAACACCUUUAGAAAUUCAAGGUUUUUCGGAUCAACACCUACGCUCGACCGACCGUGGCUCAUCGAUAUCUCUCGAAUUCCUGUUCAUGUGGCUCUUAUUUCAUCUCUUCCAGCGGCAUUCUACACGAUUCUUAUAGUGAUGGACCAACAAAUCACAGCCGUCAUAAUCAACAGAAAGGACAAUUUGCUCAGAAAAGGACACGGUUAUCAUUUGGACCUGCUUGUGAUCGGUCUACUGGUGCUCGUAUGUUCAUUUCUUGGACUACCGUUCUACGUCGCAGCUACGGUGCUUUCCGUUAUGCACGUUAACUGUCUCCGUUUGUAUUCCGAAUCAUCAGCUCCGGGUGAAAUUCCACGCUUUUUAGGUGUAAAAGAGCAGCGACUAACCGGUGUCUUUGCUCAUAUUCUCAUCGGACUUUCAGUUUUUCUAACAAGAGUGAUCAAGCCUGACUAUUCGUGGUUACGAUCGGUGAAAAUGCGACGAGUACAUCUGUUCACUUCAAUACAGUUGUUAUCGAUUGGAACGCUGUUUGUCGUGAAGUACACGAAGGCAAUCUCCAUGAUAUUCCCGCUAAUGGUGUGCUUACAAUAG